ACCACAGAGGCUGUCCAGAGUUGUGACAAGUGUCCCUCCAGCACCAGGCUCCUCUCCCGCCAGUGCCGGCUCCUCUCCAGAGCACAGAAGUGUCUUAAGUGGUUGUCGAUCCCAGGAGCCUCUUCUCUUCAGCGCACCUUGUCACUUUCGUGAAGGAGAUGGAGGAAAGAGAUACAAGUGGAAGUUUUCUGAGCAUAGAUCCAACCAUGACAAGGAAUGGAACUGACUUGGACCUUUCUGGGAAUUUUGACUUCGAGAGUCUGAUCUUGGACUUGCUCUAUUUAAUCAUCGCCGUGAUUGGGCUGGCAGGAAAUGCUGCUGUGCUCUGGCAGCUAUGCUUCCGCACGCAGAGAAACACCUUCUCCAUCUACAUCCUCAACCUGGCGGCAGCUGACGUCCUCUAUCUCAUCCUCCAGAUCAUAUUCUCCCUGCAGGGACUCAUCACCUCCUCUCAAUUCAGCUCCUCCUCCAUCGCCAACUUUCUCAGCACUGUGACGACCCUUGCCUGCAUCGCAAACCUGAGCAUUCUCAGUGCCAUCAGCACUGAGCGCUGCCUGUCUGUCCUGUGCCCCACCUGGUAUCGUAGCUGCCACCCAAGACACAUGUCAGCUGUUGUGUGUGCCUUGCUCUGGGCCCUGUCCCUGCUGCUGAGCAUCCUGGAAGGGUUCUACUGUGACAUCCUGGAGGAAGACACUGAUGAUGGAUGAUAUUGACCUGCUCCCCUAUCACCUCGACCUGCUUGCAUGUGUCCUGUCCUGUGUCAGAAGCUGUGCCAAUCCCAUCAUUUACUUUUUGGUCAGCUCCUGCAGGCAGAGGUGGAAGCAGCGACAGGGGAGCUGGUGGAAGAACCUCAAGUUGGCUCUCCAGAUGACUGUACUGGACAUCCCUGAGGUGGACACUCAUGAAGGCAGCCUUCCCCAGGAGAGCCCGUAGAUGUCGGGAGGCAGGGAGAUAUCCUGAUUCAAAGCUCAGCUUCGGUCACACACAGGUGGCUUUAAGAGUCAACUUGUCCCUAUGAGUGUGGGACAUUUUCAUAACUUUUUUCAGCUCUGGGCCCCUUGCAUUAAAACAGGUGAGAUAAUUCUCCUCCUCAUGAGGACAGACUGUGACAACCCAACACCUGCUAAACAAGCACAGAGCCAGCCUCUCAGACAGCCUGACCCAGGGGUCUGCACUGUGUCCCCAGGUGAGUUUUGCCACCUCUGAAUCCAAGACUCUUCCCACUUCUGAAGAAUCCCCUUCAGCAGACACGGAAUGCUGAGCAGUGAAAAGUCCAAAUUUCUGUGUUCACUGAGACGGACAAAACUAAAGGAACGUUACAUAAUGACAAGUCCUUUGGUCAUAUUCCUACACUUUGCUGAAUAACAUUCAAAGAGUUGAAAUUCAGGCUAGCUCCAAAGAGUAAUCUUUGAUUUUGAUAGACCUCAGAAUAUCUCCCUAGCUUAAAAUUUAUAUUGAACAAAUGACACAGUGAAAUGAACAAAUAACUUCAGGAAUGUUUAGAUCAGGCCAGGGCUCAUUUGCUAGGUACCAGAUUUGAACACCACCUUUCAGUUAACACUUCCCCAUCUUCAACUCUUGCAAGCAUGUGUAUUACAACCAGAUCCACCAAUACUAAG